GAUGGUGCGGGGUUGGUUGCAACUGCGCAGACGCCAAAUUUCCCCCCAAACCUAAAACGAAAAAAGUUGUGAAAAUUUGUGGCGAGCUUCCAGACAGACACCAAUUUCCAGCCAAUCGAGUCAUCGCGAAUUUCUAGUUGCCAAACAAGAAAAGUGUAGUUAACUAAGCCCACCAAAAAACCAAAGUGUGUUAAAUAAGAUAUAGAAAUGGAGCAAAUCUGGCGAAAUGUGUGCGCUCACUACGAGGUGCCCGAGGAUGUGACCAACGCUUGGUAUGCACGCAUCGAGCAGCAUCUGAGCGUCGACAGUCCGACGCGCGCUUAUCACAACUGGCAGGAGAUGAUGCAGCGUAAGCAUUCGCAUCUCUCGGACUGUUCGCCCAGCAUUGCGUUGGCCGCCUUCUUCCAGUACUAUCACUUUGAUGGCAAUCGCAGCUGUGUGGAGGAGAACUGCGAGGUUUUCGAGGAGUUUUGUCGUGAUGCCAACAUCGAGGAUGAUCAUGCCAAGUCGCUGGUUUGCAAUUUAUUGGGACGCAAGUCGCCCGACAAUGAGCUCACCUGGUCCAAUGAUGACGAGGCCAAUUUGCUGCAGGACGUCGAUCUGGUUGUCCUUGCUGCACCGCCUGAGGAGUACAAGCAUUAUACAGAGCUGUUGAGGCAUGAAUAUGCCAAUCUGGAUGAUGACACCUAUAAGAUGAUGCGCAUCAAGGUGCUGGAGACUCUAUUGAUUAUACCAUGCAUAUUCUCCACUUCGGAAUAUCAUGAGAAGUACGAGGAAUUGGCACGCACCAAUAUACGCAAUGAGAUAAGAGAGCUUAAGAAGUAAAUCAUGAUGAUAAUGGACCCAAUUCCAAUUGCAGUAAUUUGACUAGUGCUCCGUCUACUGAACUCAUAAAUGGCUAUAAUUAAUAAUCCAAACAUUUUAUAUAAGCAUUGUAAGAAACAAAACGAUUUAUAUAUGUAUAUGAUAAUGAUCUUAUGACAUUCCUAUUUUGUUGUUGUUUUGGUUUAUAAGUGAUUUCCAUCACAUACAUAAUAUAAUAUUCGUUUUGAUUCAACUGCAGAUCGAUGGACAGCUAAAUGAGUGAUAUACUACAUAGAGAUGACUUUAGCUAGCCAAAAAAAAAAAAAAAUCAAAAAACCAAUCAAAUUGCCAUCGAUCGAGAUUUAGUUAAUUGCCGUUUUUUAAUUCAAUUAAAUGUCUAGCCA